CUAUAAAGUUAUUGCUCCCAACGUGAAAAAUCUAACUUAGGAUGUUCGGAGUCCAUGUGAUUUGUAAUCAGAGAGAUUAAUCAAUUAGGUUAUUACCCAAGUGGUUCAAUCCUCAUUCCUUCCUUGAUUGAUCAUGGUAAAAGUAGCCGCAUUGUCAGUUAGCCUUGAAUUCGGUUAAAUAAUAAGGUACUAAUAUGUACUGUUCUUGUAGAAACUAAUAUGUAGUCUUAGCAGAGUAUUCUGUCUUACUUUCCGAAGAGGAAUUGAACAAUCAAAUCAAUGAAUUCAAUUAUCAAAUAUCAUGAACAAGAAAACUUGGAGCAUAAAUUCGUCGAGAAUCAUUAGAAAUGUGCACAAUCUAUGAUCCCGGCAUCGCCCCUCCUGUCGUCAGAUGAAGUAAAAGCCGCUCGCUCCAUAAUCAUCACCCGCGGUGCUACAGGCGCCGCACCAACCAUUGCAUCGUCGCCAUUUUUGGUUCCUUUCUUAGCUUCGUACUUGGCAGUUGGCACCCACUCUCGGAGGAUAUGGGAGAUGAUGAGGCCCAACUAACUUGAAGGCAAGCAUCAAGGCCCAGAAAGGAUUAUUGAGCUACAUUGGGCUUCUUUCAGGCCCAACAAAGGCCCAUAAAUUUACUGCCAAAACCAAAUGGAGUAACGGUAACUGAGUGUCUGAGAGAGAUUGAAGCGAUGGAUAUGUGGGGUUUGGUUGCUGUGGCUCCAAAUCGACCACAGAUGCACAAGAAAAGCUGCAUAAGACGCGCAAUCUCUUCUUUGUCAGCUACGGCUUCUGCAGUAUAAGCAUCGGAAAUCAAUGGAGCUUUGCAGAGCCACUACUACUCUGUCAUGGACUAACUCUAUCUCCUCUACUCACUCUCUUCAUCUUCCUCGGUCUUUCUCUAUGUCUCAGGCCAAGAGAGUAAGGGUUUACUGUGCCUCUGAUCAAACCCAGAAGGGAAAUCAGAUGACUGUAUCCGUAACAGGAGCUACUGGCUUUAUAGGUAGAAGAUUGGUGCAAAGACUGCAAGCAGAUAAUCAUUACAUUCGUGUCUUGACACGCUCCAAAUCCAAAGCCGAGUUAAUAUUUCCUGUCAAGGACUUUCCAGGAAUUGUGAUUGCGGAGGAGCCGGAGUGGAAAAGCUGUAUUCAAGGCUCCACUGCUGUUGUAAAUUUGGCUGGAACACCCAUUAGUACGAGAUGGUCAUCUGAGAUUAAGAAAGAUAUCAAGCAAAGCAGGAUUAGAGUCACUUCUAAGGUUGUAGAUCUAAUCAAUAAUUCACCAGAAGGAGUUCGGCCCACUGUUUUGGUCAGUGCAACAGCGGUUGGCUAUUAUGGCACUAGUGAGACACAGGUAUUUGACGAGCGCAGUCCGUCAGGAAAUGAUUACUUGGCUGAGAUAUGCAGAGAAUGGGAAGCAACAGCUCUCAAAGUAAAUAAGGAUGUAAGACUAGCUCUUAUUCGCAUUGGCGUUGUUCUUGGUAAAGAUGGCGGUGCUUUAGCAAAAAUGAUCCCUCUCUUCAUGGUGUUUGUUGGCGGACCUGUGGGCUCUGGACGACAAUGGUUUUCCUGGAUUCACUUGGACGACAUAGUGAACCUAAUAUAUGAAGCUUUAUCCAAUCCAUCUUACAAAGGUGUUAUCAAUGGAACUGCGCCACACCCUGUCCGAUUUGCAGAAAUGUGCGAGCAAUUGGGAAAUGUCCUGGGGCGACCGUCAUGGCUGCCUGUUCCUGACUUUGCUCUCAAAGCAGUCCUUGGAGAAGGUGCUUCUGUGGUUCUGGAUGGGCAAAAGGUGGUUCCUGCUAGAGCCCAGGAGUUGGGUUUUCGUUAUAAAUACCCCCAUGUCAAAGAUGCACUCAAGGCCAUUCUGUCAUAAGAUUAAGAGCAUGAGAUGAGAUGUGACAUGACAAAGCUCAUACAUACAUUGCUCUUAAUUAGUUCCUUUUUGAGGCUCUGCAUUAGCAAACAACUUGGAUUAUUUGGGACCAAUUGUCUUAUUUUAUUAGCUUCUCUCUUUCUUUAGUAAUGUUCUUGAAGUGUUAAUUAAGCGCAUACACUAAUUAAGGUUGGAUCAUAUAUAAUUCUCUAAUAAAAGCUGGUCAACUCACGAAGCAAUGGCUGAUAUUCA